CUAGCGGCUGUCAUCGCUGUAGAGAGAGUCGCAGCCGUGUGGUUUCCCUUUCUUGUGUCCCGUGUCUUCAACCCAAGACGUGUGAUGAUUUUAAUCGUCCUGCUCCACGUCAUCACAUUCUUGUUUCAUUUGCCAGGUUUUUUCACCUACCUUGGAACAUGGAAUAAUAUUCAAAUACAUAAUUUAACUUUUACCACACUCUUGGUUAAAGAACUCAGUGUCACGAACAUUCAAGCAAUCACUGUGUAUUUGUUGCUUUUUCUCAACACAAUCUCAUCAAUUGUGCCCUUGCUCAUCAUUCUUGUCUCCUCAAUCCUAACCAUAAUAAAAAUGCAUAUAAUCUCAAGAGCAAUGAAAAAUUUGUCAACCUCUGGUGCGCAGUCGAGGAAACUGAAAAUGUUGAGAGCCACCAAGAUGAUAUUGGUUGUCUGUUUUUUUUCGCUUUUGGUGAGCAUUGUAUCUUUUAUUUUAGACACAGCACUAUUGCUAUUUGGACUUCAAAAAUACUUUCACGUAACUCAUAUGGAAAUCAGCCAUAUCUUUUACCAAUUUGACACGGUGAUCAAUUUUAUCAUUUAUGUUUCGAUGAGCUCAAAAUUUUUAAACACUUAUAAAAAAUUGUUUUGUACUUGUUGA